CUGGGGUUAGAACGACUUCGGAGCCACAUAGAUAUCCCCUGAAAGGAUACGAGGCAGUGCCGGGACGACACGCCUCCAGCGACUCCUUGUCAGGAGAUGCCAGCUAGUCUGCACCCACCUACAUGGAGUUGCGUGAUUGUUUCCGUAUCGUAUGUCGCGGAGUCGCGCUUGUUGCAGAAGGCACCACAAGCUGUCCGGACGGCUUUUGAUAUCAAGGAUGGCUUCUUGCAAACUGGCAAUCAUCCUGCGUUUUCUCUGUUGAAGGACGAUGGUAAUUGCUGCACAUCGCAAGCCCUGGUAAAGCUGCCAAUGCUUGUGAUCUUUCGACUUCGUUUUUUUGCUAGCCAGGCCGAGAACAUCCGUUUGCUAUCUCGAGUGAGGCUUAGACAGUCGUUGGUGAUCUUACGAAGAUUGUGGCUUUGCUGGUCGUGCCAAGAAGAAGCGAGCUCAAGCAGGGUCCUGUUUCGAGCGGCCAUUGAGCGUAUGGCACCUGAGAAUGACCGAAGACAAGUCUGUGUGAGAAAUGCAGUUUCUGAGGUCGUGCGCGGCAACAGUUUCCGUUCCGUAGAAAAGCUCCGGCAGCAGCACAUCCUUCGUGAUUGCCUGCAGGACUGAUCAGCUAACACAAAUGUCCCCUCAUGAGAAAGUAGUAGUGCUGUAUAAACUCUUAUGGGUAUUCAUUGGAAAGUAACCGUACUUCACAAGAACAUCGGUGUU